AAUGAGGCCAUGAUAGAGAUCGUUUCCUUAUGAAGAAAGCAACAACGAAACCGAUCUUGACCACCCACAAUCUGUGUUUGUGAAGCAGAGGCAGAAAGAAAGGGGGUAUGUGGUCAAUGUAACGAUCUCUUCGUCCCCUGCGGAUCCCCAUUUUCCCUUUCCUUCCCUCUUCUCUCCAUCUCUUAAGGUAAACUCUUGAUCAGCAAUUACGUUUCCUUUUCUUCUUCCCUUCUUACUCCUACCAUUCCCCUCUGCAAUUGUGGAUCUGAGUUUCCAUCAUUUUGAUUCGAUCUACUCCACCAUUAUUUCUAUUCAAUGCUCAUUCCAUCCCCCUCGUCGCUCUUUUUCCCUUCUCGUUCUCCUCUCAUUCCCGCGCAUUCCGGUGGCCGAUUGCUUGAUUCGUUGUUCUGUUUGUUUGCUUUUUGGAUGAUUUGUUUUCUUGAUCUGUCGAGCGGGUUUCUUGGCGGGUGAUGAAAUGCUGGGGAUUCAGAUGGAUCCACUAGCUUCGGAAAUGGUGUUGUUGUAAAGUUACCGUGCGGUAUCCGGUUGAAAAAGGACCGCUGAUGAUAGGGGUAGGAAGGGUAGGCUAACCUUCAUGGACUGCGAUUCGAUCUUGGAUCUGCUGGGGGAAAUUUUGAUUGCUGAUGUGCUCAAAUUAUACGCCCAUGGAUUAGCCACCAAGAAUUGCGAAUUUCGGAGCAACUCUGCGAUGGGGGAAAAUGUGGACCCUGAACAGCAAAGGAUACUGGACGAGAACUUUUCAGGGAGUUUGCAGAUUGAUCCCAAGAGAGCUCGGUUCCCUAACUGCAUUGUCUGGACACCUCUACCUGUAAUUUCAUGGCUCAUUCCUUUCAUUGGCCAUGUUGGCAUCUGCAGAGAAGAUGGUGUGAUCUUGGACUUUGCUGGGCCUAAUUUCGUAUGUGUCGAUAAUUUUGCGUUCGGGGCAGUUACUCGCUACAUCCAGAUAAACAAGGAAAAGGACUGUAACAUGGUCUGCCAGGGGUCCACAUUUAUUGGGCAGGACCAGGAUGAAUACGACAUGGAUGAUGCACUUGGGAAAGAAGGAUCGACGUGGGACAAUGCCUUGAGAAAGGGCACCCAGGAGUUCCAACACCAUGCAUACAGCCUCUUCACUUGCAAUUGCCACUCUUUUGUUGCCAACAAUUUGAACCGGUUGGGAUUCCAGUCAGGCGGGUGGAAUGUCGUGAACGUGGCGCUUCUAGUGUUGAUCAAAGGUCAGUGGGUGAGUACAGGGGCGAUGUUGAAAUCUUACUUGCCAUUUGUGAUAGUGACUGGGUUUGGAAUUAUUUUUGGUGGGAUCACGUUCCUGACAUUCUUGGCCUUCUUCAUGGUCCUUCUGGUUGGUUGGUUUAUUCUGGCUACUUACUGUUUCAAGGAUUUCAUCCAGUUGUAACACGCCUAUUCUGUUUCUUCUACCCGGUUUUCUGUGUACUGAAAUGUGCUGCUGCUCCUCCUGAUGAUGUAGUAACAAGAGAGUUGCGAGUUGAUGUGUACUUGGAUGAAAUUAUGAAAACUGCUUUCUGUACCUCAAUCUAAUGUAAUCACCUUCAACAAUUUGUUCCUUGGCUGAUAGCUAACUUUCUUUUCCGUAGUGUACGUUGCUG